AAAUCAUCAAUAAAUAACUAUCCAAUUCCUUUUUCUAACUUUAUUUUUCUUUUCCAUUGAGUUCUAAAUGGAGAUCUCAUCACUGAAAUGGAUAUCUGAUUGGGAAAUUGAAGAUGCUUCACCGUUUAUGGAUGAAUUUCAUAUAGACCCAUUUGAGUUUCCGUUAGAUGCGUUGCAAUUUGAUGACUUGUAUGACUUGCCGGUUCUGCCGUAUGCGGUGGAGGAAAGGCCGGCCAAGCGGGUUAAGGUGGAGGAGGACGUGGAGGCGGGGGGCGGGGGGAUAAACAAAUGUAAGACCACAUUUGUUGGAAAUAAUCAUAAGGGUGAUUCGUCGUUAUCAUCUUCGCAAAUAAUUAGCUUUGAGAAUAAUUGGAAUUAUGAAUCAGUAAAAAAUUGGAAUUGUACUAAUGGGAAGAGAAGUUGUUCAAUGAAUGGUAGAGAACAUGUGAUAGCUGAGAGAAAGCGUAGGGAGAAGCUUAGCCAAAGAUUCAUUGCUCUUUCAGCUCUAAUCCCUGACCUUAACAAGGCAGACAAAGCUUCGAUAUUGGGAGGAGCCAUAAGACAUGUAAAAGAGCUUCAAGAGCGUUUGAAAGUGGUGGAGGAACAAACUACUUCCAAAACUUCGAAGCCACAAUCGCCAGUGGUGUGUGUGAAGAGAACCACCCUGCAGCCUUCCUCAUCCGACGAUGACACCUCAUCAUCGGACGAGAACAGUUUUUCCGGCAGACUAAGAAGUACUCCUGAGAUAGAAGUAAGAUUCGUAAACAAUGAUGUUCUCAUCAGAAUUCACUGCCACAAACGCAAAGGCUGUCUCUCUUAUUUGCUCAACAAAAUCCAGAGCUUUAAUAAUCUCACAAUCCUCAACACUAGUGCUUUGCCAUUCUCCCACUCCAACCUCGAUAUUACGAUUGUUGCUCAGAUGGAUGUUGGUUUUCAUAUGACAGUGGAAGAUGUUGUAAAGAAUCUGAGACAGGCUUUGCUAGACUUCAACUGAAACUUUACCAAAGGCAGCAAACACCUUUUUUUUCUUUCUUUUUUCUUUGUUAAAAAAAACAAAGAAGUAACAUUAUAUUUGAUUCAUCUUUUUUCAAGAAAAUUAAGAAAAGCGUGUAAAUUGUAAUUAUGUAAUAAAGAAAAACAACCCAUUUCCGAGAGGUAAAAAUCUUUUUUACAUUAUUUUUUUGAGAGAGAGCUUUUGACUUUUCUUUGUCUCACCUCUUUCUGCUAUAUAUAUAUUUUUACCUCUGUUAAAAAUGGGGUUUUCUUCUUUUUUUUUUAAACUCAGGCUGUUUUCUUUUUCUCUUGCUAGCUAGCUAGGGUUUUUUUUAGCCUUUAGAUUUGGUUUUUGUAAGGUAGAAGAAACUCGGGUUUUUAUGUUCUAAUAAUAGUUAAAUUCUCUCCUUUUAACACAUUUCCUUAUUUAUCUAUUUAUGUAUUCCACCUCUAAAUUGUAAUAAAGAUUAAUAUAUUGAUACG